GCCUUUAGUAUUAGAGGAUAAUUCAGAUGAUGAUGAUAAUAGUGAUUCAAGUUCUACAAGCAAUAAUGAUGAUAUUCCAUCAGCAGGGAAUCAACAAUAUUGGAAGCAUGAAAAAGAAGUUAAUCAAAUUGAAUACUUACCACUAGUUAAUACAGAAAAUCUUGUUCAAAAAGAAAUGCCCAAUGAAAGUUCUUUAUUAGCAAUAAUAUUGGAUCCCAGAAUGAAAAAUUUUCCAUUUAUGAAUGGACCUGAUCAUGCACAACAACGAAUACAAGCUGAGUUCCUCUUAAAAAAUUUAUAUACUCAGCUUAAACAAGAUUUAACCAAUAAACAUUUUGAGGUGCUGAAUUCAACAAUAAGCCAAAUCGAUGAUGAAGACAUAUUCUCAAAAAUGUAG